AUGCGUCUCCACCUCAUUAUUUCGCGCCACGGCUUGCCGGUGACGCGAAUUCUCUGGACGACCUCAGCGGCGUCUUCAGGCGAAUACGGAACUCGUCAUCCCGCGCCAACGGCCGCUGUCGCAUCAUCUCGGACCCCGAACAUCGCUUUUUCCAAUGGCGGAUACACAGUCGCGCAACUUCUCGAAGAUGUGAAUGAAGUUGUGCCACUGGAAACUGAGCCUCAUGUCUUUGACGAGGAGCUGAGUGGCCAGUGGGGAUUGGAAGAUUAUGUGGUUGAAGUGGCUGGCUCGGAAUGCUUACAUUUUAUGGAAGUUGAUGGUUUGCUUCGAGAUGGCGACGAAGUUGUUAUUCGAGCACUCCAGCUGGCAGAUCUUCGGACCAGGCGACUUUGCGGUCGUCACCAGAUCACCUCCGAGGGCAAACACCUGAUCGACGGUGUACCUUUUGGUUCGCCUUACAUGAAAAGAUCCACCACCACACGGCCUGCCAUCACAAUCCCACCCCGGAAGAAGCGGCGCACUGUUUUCUCGGGCUGGGAGCACGGUCCAGGUCUCGCGGUCGAAGAUGCACUCGGCGAACCCGCCGACGAGGAAGGAGAUGGAGAGUGGGUGCCGCCUCCAGAGACUGGGUUCGGUAAAGAACUUUCCAUCAUGCCGCCUGAGCAUGAAGAAUCCAUGGGAACCGUCAUUCGUCAUCCUAUCGAACACCUCGCAGAGUCCGACAGCGAGAGAGAUCUGUCCGACGUGGACGAAGAUGAAGAUGAAAACGAGAACGAGAGCGAACUCGAGAGUGAACUUCAAGCACUGAAGGAGGACUUCGAGGAAUCAUCUCAAUUUGUUGAUAUCAGAAACCAAACUCGCAAUCCCAGCGGACAUGCCCUACGCGAUACCUCUGUGUCUAAGCGGCCAACUUCCAAAGGCUCAACCGCGGCUGCCUCGACCAUUUCAUCCAGCAAGAGGUCUAGAGGAGAUGACUUUUCGUCUCCAAGAACCUCGAAGGCUGUAAGAUUCAACCAGGGGGAUCAGGACCCUCCUGAACCCCAGCAGGCCAACGAAAUCGCCACGGGGCCACCAUUGUCUGCAUCAGAUUCUGCUGUUUCUUCCGACAGUGACUCCGACUCUGAUAACUCGGGCUCGGAUUCGGAUUCGGACUCGGACUCCAGUGAUGACGAUGAUGAAGAAGAAGAAGAAGAAGAAGAAGAAGAAGAAGAAAAAGAAGAACAAGCUUCUUCAAGCGAAGUAGAACCUGCCAGAGAGCUCACUGCACCAGCCUCGGAGUCCUCUUCUGGUUCUUCUUCCGGUUCUUCUUCUGAUUCUUCUUCGGACUCUGAUAGCUCUGAUUCAUCGGGUUCAUCGGAUUCGGAAUCUGAGGACGAGGUCCCACCUGCCCCGAAGGUCGUCCAACUGCCACCUGUAAUUAGCGCUCCUGGCGAGGGCUCAACUCGCACCAAGAAGAGCAAUAACCGGCUCAAGUUGCGCCGCCGUCUCUCCAAAUUGAAGGAGCUUGGUGCUUUGCCUGAGGAGGCAGAUUUUGAUGCAUUACGCUCUUGGGAGCAUGCAAAUGGUGGCUGGUUCAACCCUGAACAGUCUCUUAUCUCCGAAGUUUCUGCCAAGCCAACUCCCGAACUAUCAGCUGAAAAGUCUGCAAAGCAGCUUAGGAAGGAAAAGAAGGAGCGGGAGCAGCAAGAGUUCGAGGCCAAGCGACAGAAGCUUCUUCGAGACCUCGCAUCAGGGAAUGGCGUUGAUGUAGAUCAAACAUCAGAGAAGGAGAACGUUCCACCCCCGGCGCCUGCCGCGGAACCUCCAGUGUCAGAGCAAAUCUCCACCGAGGAGAAGCCAGAGGAGGAAUCGUCAAAAGAAGCAGCACAUAGACGAACUUUGGAUGUAGCAAGCUCGAGACGCUUGCUUUUUGGCUCUCUUGGGAUGCGAACCCCAAAAACAAAGGAAGAGGAAGAGCAAACUCGUCGCAAACUAGCGGCCAAAGCCAGUGCAACCGCACGCCCAAAGCGCACUUCGCGGGCUGCCCACGAAGAUGUCGACCAAAUGGACGAGGGCGAGGACGAUAAUGAACAUGAAGGCGAUUGGAUGAACAAGCUUGUUAUCCGGGCUGUCGAGUGUGUGUAUCCCGAUGUUGCAGUAACUGCUCCCCCUUAUCCAUUCGUUCAGCGCUGGGACAAGGAAGCAAAUGCCUCGAUUCGCGAGCUGAAAGGGCCUACCAAGAAGCGAAAGAGAAAGCAGCGCAUUCAAGUCUACCACAAUGAAGAGGAAGAAUAUGAUGAGAAUGGAAAUUGGUACGGCGACGACUAUUACCAAGAAGGCGACCAGAGCUACUAUGACACCACGGCCGAUGAUUAUUACCAAGGACAUUAUGGCGGCGAGGCUCAAGAAGACCAUCAACUCAACUAUGACGAGGGCCCUGAGCCUGCAGUCUCCGAAGAUCUUCCCCUUCCUCCCAGUGACAUGGACACUAUUCCCAACUUGGAUGAAGAGGAUGUGAAAGUCGGAGCAAUCAUUGUCUUUCGGCAGCUAGACAUGUCCAAGGCCACGAACUGGCAGCCUCAGAUGUCUGAUUAUCGAGUGGCCGAAGUGCGUUCGGUCAAAGAGCACGGGGUCAUCAAUGUCCUGCUAGCGAAACGAGACCGCAAGCAACGCCCAAUCGGUCAAGAUAAUGAGCUUCGCCAAUUCAGCAAGUUUGAGGUUCCAGAUCUUGCGAACGACGAGGAAGAAGACGACGGCUACCGUGAACUUGCCUUUGCGGAAUUGAGCGAUCCGAAGCUCCUCCGGCCUGGCUCAUCAGGCGGAGAUGAAAACACCCAAGAAGGUAGCAUUGUCUCCGUAGUCGAAGAAUUCGUACCAAACACUCAGCCAUCGCCCGAAAUGGACCUUGAUGAAACCACGUUCGUCACUAUUGGGAAUGAAAUUAGCCGGCUUGAAUCACCUCGCGAGUCCGCAAAUUCACCACCCGGUGAGGCUAAACAGACUCCUGCGGGACUGCCACAGCUUGAAGUCCAAACCGGAUCUGAGCAGCGUAGUGUGACACCUCCCAUCCCAUCACCUGAUUUCACCGGAUUCCAUUCCGCCCGAUCUUGGCAGCAAGAGACUCCAGGUCUUGAUGCCAAUCUCGAGGGACGCACGCUCGUCAGCGCCGAAACUCCGUCCGCAGGGGCAAACCGCGAUGAAGGGCCCUCCAUGGUGUCCUAUGCCUCUGCCAAUCAAUCAUUUGACAACACCACUAAUGAUGUCCCUGAUGAGCCCGAACGCCAGGUCGUGGAAUCUCUCGUUCCGCCUGGUGAGAGUGGCCCACAAUCUGGCUCACUUCUUUCCACAAUCGACUCUCACGGCGUCGUACCAAGCUCCCAGGGUAUCAAGCAGGAGAACGUCAAGAAGGAGCAACGUGGUGAGGAGCAACGUGGUGAGGAGCCACGUAGCUCUAGAGAGUCAUGGUCGGACAUGCUCGAGAGACUGAGAGGCGGGCAGUCAGAUGCAUAUGAACUGUUGAGCAUCAGCGACAGCGAUGUUGAUGAGGAUACCUCCGCACUAGAGCCUCUCCAGUGGCCCUCCUCAUCUAAGAAAUCCAAAUCGCCGCCCAAGUCACCUCAGCCACCAAAAAGCACUCCGAAUGAUGCUUCCAACCCAGCCGAUCCUACACACCUGCUCAGCUUCUUCUCCCCCGCUGGGUCUACACGCUCCAAAAAGUCCCAAUUAGCCCGCGAACCCGCCCCCGGUCAACCUUCCGGGUCUGCGCCCAAGGCUUCCCAAAUCCCCGCCUCGCAAGCAUCCCAGAUCGUCGAUCUCACUUUGAGCCCUGACGGAUCCCCUGCUCCAGAAUCCAGCCUUACCCCUUCGCAGCGCAGGAGAUCCGCGCGCUUUGACCCAAAGCAGGAAUCUACCCGGUCGCAGGGAUCUCGUGCUUCUACGACGGGUUCUCAGCCAGUUGUCGAGGUGUUCAGCAGCCCUGCGCAAUCUCAAAAGAAGAAGAGACGUACGUCGCGGAAGUUUUGA